AUGACUCCGAGGGACGUGAAGGAAAAACUCUAUACAAACAACAGCGAAGAAAAUAAAACGAUUAUUGAUAAAGAUAUAGUAGAAUUUACGAAAUUAUACACGUCAAUCAUCGCGAAAGCUCGUUCUUUUUUACCGCGAGAUACGUCGACUCCGGUAUCGCACUUUAUAAAUCAACCACCUAGCGUUGAGGCUUCAGUAAAAUUACCCACUCUCAAUUUACCGAUUUUCGCGGGAACGUAUGAAACAUGGGGUGAAUUUCGUGAUACAUUUAAAUCUUUGGUUCAUGAAAACUCGACGUUAAUGAACAUUCAAAAGUUUCAUUACCUAAAGUCUUGCCUAAAAGGAGACGCGGCACGUGUGGUUCAGGCGUUGGAGGCUACCGAACGCAAUUACGAGAUCGCGUGGGAUCUACUGAAGAAACGAUAUGAAAACUUAAGAUUAAUAGUAAACGGCCACAUUAGGGCAAUAUUCGAUAUAAAUGCAAUUCAGAAAGAAAAUUAUACAUUGCUUAGAGAUUUAACGGACACGUUGGUACGAAACUUGCGUUGUCUAGAGACACUAAAACUGCCAGUCCAACAUUGGGACGCACUUUUGAUUUAUAUUGCUGUAUCGAAAUUAGACUCCGCAACGAAACGCGAUUGGGAAGCGGCGCAAAGCAUGCACAAGUUGCCUACUUACGACGAGUUCGUGACUUUUCUUAACGAUAGAAUACAUUUACUUGAAUCAAUUCAAACAAAAUCUACGGAUAAACGUGUUAACGAACAAAACAGCGGUAACCGACGAGAAAAAACGAACGCGUUCACGACAACACACGUUACGUAUAAAUGUUUUAUAUGCGAAGACAACCACAGCGUUUUUCAAUGCGAAUCGUUUAAGAGGAAACAUAUUGAUGAAAGAGCCGAUUUGGUUAAGCGAAAGGGGCUUUGUUUUAAUUGUUUACGGUCUGGUCACACAUCUUCUGAAUGCAAAGGUAAAACUUGUCAAAAAUGUAAUAAAAAACAUCACACUAUGCUUCAUAAAGACAAAAUAGAAACACAACGAAGAAAUUCAGCGCCAACAAAUAAACGCGAAGACGACCGUUGGGAAGGUAAUACCGUAUCGUGCACGAGUCACAUAUUAAGCGAGACAUCGAUUCAAACGUUAUUGUCAACCGCGUGUGUACGAGCUUAUGAUAAAGACGGCCAUGAGUUAAUACUACGCGCGUUACUGGACAGUGGAUCGCAAAGUAAUUUCUUAACGCGGGGAGCUGCUGAUCUUUUGGGGUUAGAGAAACGAGAAGUACAGUCUUUGGUAGGAGGAUUAGGUACUCACCAAACGAAAAUUACAAGCGCAGUUGACUUAAAUAUAAAAUCUUUGCACUCGAAUUACGAGGAAAGCGUAAAUUGUCUAAUCAUUGAUAAAAUCGCUGAGAACAUUCCGAUGACAACGUUCAAUAGAUUAAAAUUACCAAUUCCCGAUGGUAUACCACUAGCUGAUGUUGAUUUUAACAAAAGCAGACGUGUAGACUUGCUGCUGGGAUCGCCAGUGUUUUGGUCUUGCUUAUUAAAUAAGCAAAUACACAUGGGAAAAAAUAUGCCAAUCUUACAUCAAACGAAAUUAGGCUACAUAUUGGCAGGAACAGGUUCCGUAUAUCAUUCCAAACAGAAAACGAACACUUUCUGCGCAAUAACAGAACAGCUGGCUAGAUUUUGGGAACAAGAAGAGCUACCAGAGCGAACUAUGAACGAUGAAGAAUCCGCAUGUGAAAGAAUUUUCGAACAAACCACAAAACGAGAAGUGGAUGGGCGAUUUGUAGUAGACAUCCCAUUCCGAGAGAACCUUACGCUGUUAGGGGAAUCGAGGACAAAUGCACAACAGAGGCUCCAAGCGAUGGAGCGAAAAUUUUCUCGCGAUGAGAACUUAAGUGUACAGUAUAGGUCUUUUAUCUCUGAAUACCAAGAUUUAGGUCAUUUGUCUCCUUGUCUAGAAACGGAGAAUGAAGCAGGUACAUAUUAUCUGGCGCACCAUGCUGUUUUAAAAGAAUCCAGUAGCACCACGAAAUUACGAACCGUAUUUGAUGGGUCGGCGGUGACUGACACCGGGCUGAGUUUAAAUGAUGUACAAAUGAAAGGGCCUAUCGUUCAAAGCGAUCUAUUUAAUAUACUGAUACGAUUUCGAAAACAUAAGUACGUACUUGGUGCAGAUGUCGAGAAAAUGUACCGACAAGUACUUAUUAACCCAAGCCAACGAAAAUAUCAACGCAUUCUAUGGCGAAACAAUGUCGAUGAAAAGAUAAAAUGCUAUGAACUUAACACAGUAACAUACGGAUUGACAUCUUUCUCGUAUUUGGCGACGCGAUGUUUGAAACAACUUGCCAUCGAAAAUCAGCACCAAUAUCCUUCAGCUUCUAAGGCGAUACAAGAGGACUUUUACGUGGAUGAUCUUUUAACAGGAGUUGAUUCAUUAGAAAAGGCACAAAAAAUGAAAACAGAAAUUACACAGAUUUUGCAGACUGCAAAAUUCAACCUGCGAAAGUGGAUAACGAACGACAGGCAAAUUUUAAACUCAAUUCAAGACCAUGAGCUCGACGCACAACCCUUAACAAUUGUAAAUUUAAGUGAUAACGAAUCAAGUCGAACAUUAGGAUUAUUUUGGCAGCCGCACAAAGAUCAUCUUCAUUAUUAUGUUUCUUCCGAUAACUACAAAACAAUAACAAAGCGAAGCGUGUUGUCUAUGAUCAGUAGGAUAUAUGACCCUCUACAUUUAUUAGGUCCGAUACAUAUUCGAGCCAAAAUAUAUAUGCAGGCACUGUGGAAAUGCCAACUUGGUUGGGAUGAUCCUAUUAAAGGCGAUUUGUUAGAUGAGUGGUUAAAUUACGUAUCAAAAUUAAAGGAAAUAGAAGGAAUAAUAAUUCCGAGACGCGUAUUAAUUAAUAAACCAACUUUAAUGGAAUUGCAUGGAUUUUCUGAUGCUUCACUUAAGGCUUACGCGGCAUGCGUAUACGUAAAAUCGAAAAACAAUGAUGGUGAAGUAUCAAUUAAUUUAUUAUGCGCAAAAUCGCGAGUGUCACCUUUACGAAACAUAUCACUACCUAGAUUAGAACUUUGUGGAGCAUUACUAUUAGCUAAAUUAAUGAAACGUGUAAGGGCAACAUUAGAUUUGACAAUCGAACGAGAAUUUUAUUGGUGUGAUUCAACAAUCGUUUUGUCUUGGAUUGCGGGCGAUACAAGGAAAUGGAAAACUUACGUUGCGAACAGAGUCUCUCAAAUACAAACCUUAAGCAAUGCAUCGUUUUGGCAUCAUGUUUCAACGAAAGACAACGCAGCUGAUAUCUUAACCAGAGGUUGUGAUGCAGAGUUCCUGAAGGGUAAUGAUUUAUGGUGGUAUGGGCCGGAAUGGUUAAAAAGCGAUAUAAAUUUUACAGCUCUCUUGAAGCGUCCUGAUGCCAGCGAUGAUGAAUUAUUAUCUGAAUCGAAUGAGCCUACUUGCAUGAUUGCGACUGAGAACAAACUCUUUUCAAACGACCUUUUCAACAAAUUUUCAAAUUUUAGGAAACUACGACGAGUCACUGCGUAUGUGCUCAGAUUUAUACAUAAUGCUAGGAAAAGAGAUAACAAACGAACUUGUUCUUUGACAGCGCAUGAAUUGAAAGACACGGAAAACAUAUUAUUAAGACUAGCACAACAAGAAGUUUACGACGACGAAAUUAAACUGAUUAAGAAAAACGAAACUUCUAAGAAAUUAUUACUGCUUAAACCAUUUAUUGAUGAUAACGGAUUGUUGCGAGUUGGAGGAAGAUUAAAAAAUUCUUUGUUACCUUUUGAAAACAAGCAUCAGAUUAUUUUGCCUCAACGACAUAUUGUUUCGAGACUUAUAGCCGAAGACAUACAUGUAAAAAAUUUUCAUUGUGGACCGCAACUUCUGCUUGGUUUAAUGCGCGAUAAAUAUUGGCCAGUAGGAGGCAGAAAUUUAGUGAGAUCAAUAACGAGAAAAUGCAUGAAGUGUUCAAGAUUAAAUCCUCAACCUUUAACCCCUCUUAUGGGAGAAUUACCAUUAGAACGAGUAGGUGCUUCGUUUGCAUUUGAACAUGUCGGCAUCGAUUACGCGGGUCCAUUCAUGAUUAAAGAUAAGCGUACCAGAGGGUGCAAACAGGUAAAGGCCUAA